AUGGAGGCAAUGGAUAUAGGUGAUAAGGAGGACUCCUCCGCAACAAGAAAAUAUGGUACAGCAGAUGAGGCGGGGGGAGGUGGAGAAGGUGGGAAUGAACUUGGCGGCAUUGCUGCUGAUGACGGCGCUCUAUCAACAACAAAUAAAACGAAGGAUAAAAAUGAAAAUUCUCAGAAUGCUGGCAUUCACACGGACGAAGAAACAAAUACAAAAAAUAAUUUAUCUCCAAAUAAAACGGCGACAACAACAAUAGUGGAAGAUUGUAACGAACUACCAGGACGUAGAUCAUCAAACAAUGACAAGUCAAUGGCGUUAACAUUAACGCCAUCCACAACAGAGGAGCCAUCACAAUCACCCACCACAUCGAUUGGUGGCGGCGGAACUGGUGGUGGUGGUAGCGCCAGUGUUGAUUCCGAUGGCAAAAUGCAAUCUCCAAGUCUAACAUCACCAGCAGCUUCCACACCCGCUUCAACACCACCCUCGGAAACUGGUCAAGCAGAUGGUGGUGGUGAUGGCGGUGGCGAUUAUUCACCACAUGAUAUUACCGGCGGCAAUAGUUCUGCGGAACAUUCCUCUCCCACAGCCGAUGUUGCUGACCAAACUUCCAUGGAUGUAGAAAAACCGCAACAGAGUCCAACACUACAGCAGCAGCAUCCACCAGCCACGACGCCACACAUUCAACAUGCCAUCAAUGUGGUGCGAAAUGGUACCAUACCGAAUGCUGGUAAACCCUUGAUGUCAACCAUCAGUAAGAAAUUUGAAAAAUCCGCCAAAUCAGGACGUACCCGUAAACCGAAAGCGGCAGCUGGACCCAUGUAUGAAAGUGAGAUAAGUGAAAAUAAAACGGGUAUUAAGUUAUGUAUUAAAAAAUCCGAUAGUUCAUUAAGUGCCGUCACAGCUACAGCAGCGGCCACAGCAGCCGUUAAAUCAGCCACAACAUCGGGGAGAAGUCGUAAAAGUUCAAGGAAUCCAAAACAACGUAUAAAACUGAACAACGACAGCAAUGAUGAAGCCGAUGAAUUGGAUUAUGAACCUAAACGGAAAAAGGAACGUAGUUCCAAGCGACAAUCGGCCACAGGAACGGGCGGCUCUAAUGCAGGGCAAGCUGGCAAUGAUGGUGAUGAACACAAACGUCCCAUUGUGGAGCAAAGUAUAUGGGGUAGAGAUUUACCCGAACCAGUGCUUUUUAAGAUUUUCCAAAAUGUCGUCGAAAAGGAAGGUUGCCUACCGACCUUAUUUCGUUUGGGUCGUGUAUGUUCCCUGUGGCGCCGUGUCUCUUUAUCACCCACCUUGUGGCGUUCGCUAGAUCUCACCACAUGGAUUAAAGAGAAAUAUCGCACGGAGCUGAAAUUAAAAUGGUUUGUCGAUAAUCGCUGUACAUGUUGCACAGAAUUGAAUGUUUCAAACUUCAAAGUCACAGACAUUAAUUGUUUUCUAAUGAAAUUAGCUGAUGGUGCACCGAAUUUAACAAGUAUAACCCUAUCGGGUUGGAAAGGUUUCUCAUGUGAUCAUUUGGCAUAUUUAGUUGAAAAUAUGAAAAAACUCGAACGUCUAGACUUAAGUUCUGUGAAUGUGGAAAUGAAUGCUAGUAAAAGUGCUGUGGGUGUGCAAUCAUUGUGCAAUGCAAUGCAAGUUAUGGGUGACAAACUGACACAUCUUUAUUUGGCGCACAAUCGUUUAGCUGGUAUACCGCAAUUAGUCAAUGUUUUAUCGACACAUUGUCCAAAUUUAGUUCUAUUGGAUCUAUCCAAUGUUACAACACAAGCCACAUCUCAUGGUAUAUUACAUGUUGAGAAAUUACAGCAAGGCUGUCCAAAACUGAAAGUUUUACGCAUUACCAAUUCGCAUAUAACACUGAGUACAGCUUCCCUACAAGAAAUGAUGGAUUCUCCUGGUUUUCCCGAACUCGAAGAACUUUCCGUAGCCGUUAUGGAUGAAUCACGAGUCAUUGGUGAUGAACAUAUACAACGUAUAUUGAAAUCAUCAUCGAAAUUGAAGCUAUUAGAUGUACGUGGUUGUGCCCGUUUAACCCAUGAAAGUCUAAUACGUCUACCAACCUGGGAUGUAAAACAUUUAUUUCUAUCUGGCUGUUCGGUGACAAGAGAUAUGGGAUCUGGUCUGGAGUUAAUUGCCUCCAAAUGGGCUCACAGCCUCAUCGAAUUGGAUCUCGCCUGGGCCAAUGUGCAACAACCCUUGGAUAAUGCCUUACGUGCCUUGGCCGAUAAGGGUGCCGAGUCACGUUUAGCUCAUCUAAAUCUAUGCGGUUCAUCGGUUUCCGAAGAUGCGGUCAAGGAGAUUCUGGCUAAUUGCCCGCUAAUGAGUAGCAUUAAUUUGGCAUCGUGUCGUGGUUUACCGCGUGGUGUCAAACGACAAAUGCAAGGUCCACAAGAGCUCAAUGAAUUGCGGGAAGUUUUAAAGGUUCAAUUAAAAGUCAAAUUACCCGAGACCAAUGCAGCAGCAACCAGUAAUUCUUCAUCAUCGACGGCGGCGGUGGCGACGACGACGAAAACAAGUGCAAAUAGCAAUGAUGGAGGUGGUGGCGGUGGUGGGGGUACUUUACGCAGUCCAUAG